CAAACCAACAAGAUUUCGCCACGUCACCGAUCUCCUGCCCUCGUCACUCACAGCUCAACCCUAAAAAACCCUCGAGACUUACCCUAUAAAAUCUUCGGCUGCGCCGCUCCUAAAACUCAAGAGAAGCUUUUCCCUUGCACACGCUUCAACUCAAAUGGGUAAGGGAACUGGGAGUUUCGGUAAGAGGAGGAAUAAGACGCACACUUUGUGUGUUCGAUGUGGUCGUAGGAGUUUUCAUCUUCAGAAGAGCCGCUGCGCAGCUUGUGCCUUCCCUGCUGCUCGCAAGAGGAAGUAUAACUGGAGUGUGAAGGCUAUCCGAAGAAAGACCACUGGAACUGGUAGGAUGAGGUAUCUGCGCCAUGUUCCUCGCAGGUUCAAGAGUGGCUUUAGAGAAGGUACUCAAGCAGCUCCAAGGAAUAAGGGAGCAGCAGCCUCUACUUAAGCAAGUUGAAGGGUAAUUUUGGGCACAAUUUGGUACCUUAAAUAGAUUUAGUUGUUGUCAUUCAUGUAUCGGGGCAACUCUUUUGAGAACAUUAUUUGAAGGAUGUUAUUUACUUUUCCAUUUUCAGUUUUCAGUUGUGUUUCUUAAUUUAUAUUUUACCAUGUUGCUUCAAUGAAUUUAUGAAAGAAUAUGAAUGAGAUAAUUGUUGUUUGACCCUUUAA